UCUCUCUAAAAAUGGCUCCCCAGUCUUCCAAAUUUCUCCAGAAUUAUGGUUUUGAUUUGGUUUUGGGGUCAAUUGCUGCGUUUUAUGUAUUCAUGGCGCCCUACACCAAGGUUGAAGAGAGCUUCAAUGUUCAGGCAAUGCACGAUAUUCUUUAUCAUCAGCAUCACUUAGAGAAUUAUGAUCAUUUGGAGUUUCCUGGAGUUGUUCCUCGCACAUUUAUUGGUGCCUUGAUCGUAUCAAUUUUGGCAUCUCCAGUCAUAUUAGCAAUGAAUUUGCUACACUUGCCAAAGAUUUAUAGUCUUUUUGCAGUUCGUCUGGUGUUAGGUUGCAUCAUAUUGUUGACAUUGCGUUUUUUCCGUAUUCAGGUCAGGAAUAAGUUUGGCCAUCAAGUAGAAGCUUUCUUUGUAAUAUUAACUGCAUUACAGUUUCACUUGCUAUUCUACUGCACCCGCCCUCUUCCUAAUAUACUAUCUUUGGGUUUAGUCAACUUGGCAUAUGGCUAUUCUCUCAAGGGAAGCUUUUAUGCAGCAUUAAAAUGUCUGAUUUUUGCAACAAUUGUCUUCAGAUGUGACAUGCUAUUACUUCUUGGCCCUCUUGGCCUUCAACUGUUGUUGACAAAAUCUAUUUCAUUGUGGGAAUCAUUAAAAUGCGGCAUCAGCACUGCUCUUUUGUGCAUAGGUCUUACAACACUGGUUGAUACAAUUAUGUGGAAGAAGCUAGUUUGGCCUGAAUUUGAAGUUCUUUGGUUCAACUCUGUACUGAACCGGAGUUCUGAGUGGGGUACACAUUCAUUUCACUGGUACUUCACUUCAGCACUUCCCCGCGCCUUGCUUGCAGCAUAUCCUCUGUGUAUGCUUGGAGUCUUCCUUGAUAGGAGGAUUUUGUCCUACAUUCUUCCAGUUUUCUUGUUUGUUUUACUUUACUCCAAACUUCCACACAAGGAACUUCGUUUCAUCAUUAGUUCAGUUCCUAUCUUCAACUUAUCAGCAGCAAUUGCUGCUAACAGAAUCUACAACAAUAGGAAGAAGAGUUUAUGGAAGUUGCUUUAUUUCUGUUUGCUGGGACUACUUCUGAUCAGUCUAGGGUGCACCAUCAUCACUUUCAUGGCAUCAUACAAUAAUUAUCCCAGCGGAUAUGGUCUAAAAUAUUUGCACCAAAUUGGCCAUUCCACCAACAAUACUGAUGAACAGUGGGUUCACAUUGACCCCUUCUCAGCCAUGAAUGGAAUCUCUCGAUUUUGUGAAAAUGCUUCCCCAUGGAGGUAUUCUAAAGAGGAAGGGAUUCUUAUAGAAGAAUUUCGCUGGAGAAAUUUCACCUUUCUCAUAAAUGAGCACUCCAACAUUGAGGGAUUCAAGUGUUUAUUUGCUGUAAAUGGAUUCUCAAAGAUUCACCUUCAGUCUGGCUUUCCGCCCAUUUCACUGGUGGAAGAGCCCAAGGUAUUUAUUCUCGGUAAUAUCAAAAGCGAGUAUGUAAUCACUAGAAAUUGGCCAGGAUGCUCCUGAUUUAUUGAGGAAAAGUUUAUACCUGAUGUCGAGUUAAAAGUGAACCAGCUAAUCGAGGAGGAAAUCCCCAACUUCACAGUCUGCACUCAUCAGCCAUGGUCGUGUCCCCCAAACCUUAUCAAGCUGUAAGUUAAAGGCUACCUGCUGUGUAAUGGCCUGAAAGGCAGUGCACAUCACAUGUGAGAUAAACAACCCUUCCCAUUUUGUUAGAGAAAGACGAAUGCAUGAAUUAAUUGUUGCACUAACUUUUUUUAUUUAUGAUAACAAAUUUAAAGAAAAUGCUAUACAUGUACACUAACUUUUGCCUUGAUGGAUGUAAGCACUGUGUAUUAUCUAUGUGGUUUAGGGAGUUUCCCUCGAUAAAACUAUGUAGUAAGAAGUAUUAGUUCAAACAAUGGCCAUAUUAGAGAGUUCC